UUCCAUCUCCGCCAUUCGUUAGCGUUGUUUCAUCUCCUUCCCAACAAUCCCAAAAGCUCCCGUUACAGAUUCAUCAUUUUUUUGCAUCUGCGUUUGAUGAUUCAAAAUCAGAUUUCUAUUUCAAUUCAUGGAUCUGAAAAUUAAUGAAGCUUUGGCGAUGGAAAUUUGUCUUGAUCAGAAGUCGGAGUCUUGGUGACAUUUAUGGCUGCAGUUGUGGCUGAUGCUGAGAACCGGUAGAAGCGGACAAAGUCUCCUUUCACUGGUUUCAUAUGUUGUUUGCCUGUUUGGCAUAGGGUGUGGCGUGGUGUCCUGUAAAUUGAGCUUCUAUGGAGCUAAAUGGUGAACUCAUGAAGAAUCUGAGACUGUAGAUAACGAGAUGCCGUCCGACAUCAUUAUUGAGCAUAAUGAAGAAAUUUUGGGAAUAAAUUCAUAAGAAACUAUCGCAGAUGGAGAAAGCCGUGAAGACGUUUGAAAGAGUCAACAUUUCUAAAGGCGGCCGAGCGAUUCCAGAAGAUCAGAGACCUGACUGUUUCUUCUUUGUUGCCGUGCAGUGCAAUUUCAGAUACAUGUGUAGCCAUGAAGGAAUGAGUAGACCACCCUCACGCAGAGACAACACUAAGCAGCAUCCUCCCAUGCGUAGACGAGCAAACAACAAACCAAACUCUCGCUCAAAUCAAAGUUGUCAUCAACAGCAUCGUCACCGUAAUGAACACCUUUGUCACCGUAGUGAACACCUUCGUCUACGCCUUGGCCAACACAAACCCAUCUCCAGGCCAAAACUUCUACUACAACCAGUCCAGACCGCCAAUGCCUCCUCUCUGCAGCUCCUUCGACUCAAACAUGGAAGAUCGCGAGUGCGGCACCUGGGAACUGUCAAUAGGAAACGCAUCAUCGGUGUGGGAGAGCUACAUAUGCGAGGUAACAAAAUCCAAUGUCUGCACGACGGUGGGGAGAGUGACGCCUGAGAUAUACAAGCAGCUGGUGGCGGUUGUGAACGAGAGCUACGCGUUGGAGCAUUACACGCCGCUGCUGCUUAGCUUUCGGGAUUGCAACUUUGUGAGGGAUACGUUUGAGAGUAUUACAUCGGACUACUGUCCGCCCUUGGAGCGUAAUCUGAGGGUCGUGAACGCGGGGCUGGGAAUGAUCUCUGUUAGAGACUUAGAGUGUUGCUAUGUCUGGUGCUGUGGGUAUUCUAUGUGAACCGCCCCCAAAGGGAGGAAGUGUUUGCGGAUCCUCACCGGCCUCAAGUAAAAGAUCUUCGUUAUGGUAACUGCUUUGAUAAUGGUCGCUCAAAUGAUGAAACUAAGCGUUAUGUGGAGGUCGUGUAGUAUACAGAGGUAUAGAUAUGUAGAAUCAUAUGUUGUAUUUUCAUAUAUAAAAAAGAAUAGAUAAUAAAAGUCAUUUGUGUAGCGUUCAUGUAACAUUAGUAAGUAAGAGGAGAUAGAAGUAGAGCGAAGUUUCACUUUCUGGCUUUUGUUUCAGGAA